AUGAGCCAUCCAGACUUCCCCACGCGAUUAAUUGAUCUGACCUUGAACGACUCGACUCAUCACCCUUCUCUGUAUGCCACGCUGAAGUCGAUUCGCAAGUCUACCCUCUCAAUUCCAAAUCGCCUCACCUCUAUCCUUAGUGAUGCCGAAUUCGUCAAAUCAGUAUCCCGACAGUACAACCUGCCGCUGGUCGCCAACGAGCGUUGUGGUAGCUGGUACAUUGAUCCUAGUUAUAAAAGCGGCAGUACGUAUUUCAAAAGCACAGAUGGCCAUCACGGGCAGUGGGACUUUUCGCCACGCAGACUCAAUCUGCAGCUCCUUCCGAUUUUAGCUGCCCACGGCGGUGCCAUCGUGGUUGAUUCGACGCGUCGUGGCAAAAACCUGCCGGAUGCCUUCAGCAAGACGGUUCCGAUAUGGACCGCAGUUAUCAAUAAAGUAUUGUUCCCAGAAAUAUCUUCAGCGCACAGGCUUCAGACUCCGCCUCCACCAGAUGAUCUGGGCCCGUCAGAGAUAUCGCAGAUCGAAGCUCGACUUGAAGAUUUUACGAGGAAUUUCACCAGACUAGAGCUAGACUUGGAAAGCUUGCGGAAAGAACUGAAGCGUCCUGUGCGGCUCACCUGGGCGAUCAACGGCUACUCUGGGGUUGAACAUGUCGACGAAGCAGACCUACCCUCACUAGGCACAGAGUCUGCAUUCGGGCACUCCUCUCACAACCUAGUGCUCUGCUCCGCGUCUCGUCGCGUCCGCGGUGCAGAAAGCUCGGAAGGCGGAGAGUUGUUGAUGGAGACUCCCGAGGAUGCACUUCCGGCUCUGAUUGAGGAAUUACUUGACAAGGACAAUGAAGCGCGUGCCACGGGGAUUUUUGCUGCCAGAAUACUUCCAACCUGCAACCUUUAUAUCGCAGUUGGGCCUCUUGAGAGCUCAGAUGGUUUCGAUCUGAUUAUCAAUUGUCAAGGCGACGCAAGAGGCUCAAAAUCAAAGGUCCUUUGGAUAAGCUGUCGCAAUGGCAAACUCGGGAGCAAAGAUCUUCGCGAAAAGCUCCCCGGCGUGAUCAGCGUCAUCAGCAAUCAGCUCUCCACGCGACCCCAAAGCAAGAUCCUGAUCACUUGCACCACCGGCAAAGAUCUUAGUGUUGGUGUUGCAGUCGCAAUCUUGUGUUUGUGCUACGACGACGAAGGGCAUCUGAGAGAGGUCGCAGACCAAGUACUGGUCGAGAAACAACUUGUCAGGCGGAGGCUAGCCUGGAUCACCUGCUCCAAACAGGAUGCAAACCCUUCGAGGGCGACACUUCAAGCCGUGAACUCCUUCUUGAUGCAACGUCCGGACUGA